AACUACUUCUGAACUCUCUCUCUCUCUCUCUCUCUCUCUCUCUCUCUCUCUAUGUUUCAGCUCAUACAAUUUACUUGCGUUUUGAUUUUCUUGUCUCUCUCUCCCUCUCUCUCUCAAGAUGAUAAUCUGAUUUUUUUUUUUUUCUAUGGAAAUGGCUUCAAUGAAACGGCAACCCAUUAGUGCUCGAAUUUCUCCACGUUGUUGUAUCCUUUUCCCUGCAUUAAUUUCCUCGCCCAGGACAGAAAACUUUCGUCCCCAUCAUGCUGUUCUGGCUGCUUGACUUUUCAUCGCACUCUCACACUGUUCCUCUUCGGCGACGGCAAUGUUUUCCUGGAAAAUCCCCAACCCACAGAUGAAACCCGCCAUUCUCUCUGGUUCUCAAAUACUCUCCCUGCUCUGUAUAUUUUGUGGGUAAGAUCAAAAGCCCUACAGAAAAGACAAGCUUUGGAUGUGUUUUCUCUGUUUCAGGCUCGACCAUGAAGAUCACGCCACUUUCCCUUUUGGUGCUGAUCCUUCUUGGUCACUCCGUGUGCUGUCAAAGGCCUGCAGUUGUAAAUGUCGGCGCGAUUUUCAGUUUCGAUACUGUGAUUGGGAGAGUUGCCAAGGCGGCCAUGGAAGCCGCGGCCUCUAAUAUCAACGAGGAGCCGAGCAUUCUCAAUGGUACUAAGCUCAAUCUGAUCGUGGAGGAUGCAAAUUGCAGCGUUUUCAUGGGGGCAAUUAGAGCAUUGCAGGUGAUUGGGAGAGAAGUAGUGGCAAUAAUUGGCCCACAGUCUUCUUCCAUAGCUCAUGUGAUUUCUGAGAUUGCCAACAAUCUGCAACUCCCUCUUGUCUCUUAUGCUGCCUCUGAUCCCACUCUGUCAGCCUUCCAGUUCCCCUACUUUUUCCGAACUAUACAAAGCGAUUCCUACCAAAUGGCAGCCAUGGCCGAUUUGAUUCACUUUUAUGAGUGGAAAGAGGUCAUUGCCAUCUAUGUGGAUAAUGAGUACGGAAGGAAUGGAAUUUCUGCAUUAGGUCAUGAGCUUGGGAAGAAAAUGUUAAAAAUUUCCUUCAAAUUUCCGUUGCCUACUGAUUAUGAUACCGACAGUAUAACAGGUGUGCUGAAUAAAUUGAAAUUGCUUGGAACCCGUGUUUAUGUUGUCCAUGUCAAUCCAGACCCAAAAUUGAGAAUCUUUAACAUUGCCCAAAAAUUUCACAUGAUGGCUAGAAACUAUGUGUGGCUUGCAACGGAUUGGCUUUCUGCUACACUAGAUACACUCUCCCGAGAGAAUCAAACUUCAUUGACAAUCCUUGAAGGUGUAGUUGGGUUCCGUCAACAUGUUCCACAAACCACCCAGGAAAAGGCCUUUGUGUCUCGAUGGAGAAAGAUGCAGCAGGAUGGGAAAGUAAAUUCUGAAUUGAAUGUUUAUGGACUUUACGCAUAUGAUACAGUAUGGGCAGUUGCGUAUGCAAUUGAUAAAUUUCUGAAUGAGCACAACAACAUAAGAUUUUCUUUGAGUAGCAAGCUACAAGAUGCAAAGGGAUCUAAUAUACAGCUUGGAAAUCUCAAAGUUUUUGAUGACGGCAAACUUCUAGUCAAUAUAUUACAGGACACGAGCUUCGCAGGUUUGACAGGCCAAUUUCAAUUCAAUCCCGAUCGGAACCUUGUGAGCAGCGCUUAUGAUGUUAUUAACAUUGCGCGGAUGGCAAUUCGUACCGUAGGUUAUUGGUCCAAUUAUUCAGGUCUCUCUAUUUCUCCACCUGAAACUUUUAAAGGAGAAGAAAUUACCAAAUCCUCUUUAGAUUGGAAACUUGAAAGUGUUACAUGGCCUGGCGGGAUAACAGAAAGGCCACGUGGAUGGGUGGUUUCAGACAAUGGAAGGCCGUUUAGAAUUGCGGCGCCAAAUAGAGCCAGUUUCGUUGAAUUUGUGACAGAGAUACACGGCAGCCACAGCAUGCAUGGUUACUGCAUUGAUGUGUUUAAUGAAGCCCGAAAGCUAAUUCCAUAUGAUAUCCCUUACAGAUUUGAGCCAUUUGGGGAUGGUCGGCGCAAUCCUGAUUAUAACGAACUUGUGAGGAAGGUUGCAGAUGAUGUGUUUGAUGCGGCUGUUGGAGACAUUACAAUUGUGAUGAACCGCACAAGGAUUGUUGAUUUUACCCAGCCUUUUAUGGCCACUGGUCUAGUCAUAGUGGCUCCCGUCAGCAGCUCAAAGUCAGGCGCUUGGGUGUUUCUCAAACCAUUCACAGUAGAGAUGUGGUCUGUCACUGCAGCUGCCUUUGUGGUUAUUGCAGUGGUUAUCUGGAUUCUUGAGCAUCGUGUUAACGAUGAUUUCCGGGGUUCUCCUAGGAGGCAGCUCAUAACAAUGUUCAUGUUCAGCUUCUCAACUCUAUUCAAGGCAAAUCAAGAACAGACGGUAAGCACACUUGGAAGGAUGGUAAUGGUGGUCUGGCUUUUCCUUUUGUUGGUGAUCACAUCAAGUUACACAGCAAGCCUGACUUCAAUCCUUACAGUCCAGCGGCUUUCAUCAUCCAUCACAGGAAUUGACAGCCUAAUUGCCGGAAGCUGGCCUAUUGGCUAUCAAGUGGGCUCAUUUGCUUAUAGCUAUUUAACAGAGAGUCUUAACAUACAUGGAUCCAGACUCAUUUCUCUUGGCUCCCCUGGAGAAUACGAGAAAGCACUUCGGCUGGGACCAAGCAGAGGAGGAGUGGCAGCUAUUGUGGAUGAACUUCCAUAUGUCGAAUUAUUUCUGUCAAAUCAGACGGAUUAUGGUAUUGUCGGGCAGCCAUUCACAAAGAGUGGGUGGGGAUUUGUUUUUCAGAAAGACUCUCCGCUAGCUGUUGACAUGUCCACGACGGUCCUCAAGCUUGCUGAGACCGGAAAACUUCAGGAGCUACACGAGAAGUGGUUCUGCAAGCAUGGUUGUGCAUCGGAGAAGGGAAGAAGGCCUGAUCGCAAUGAGCUCCACUUCAGCAGCUUCCGGGCUCUUUUCCUUCUAUGUGGUGGCUUCACUCUUGCUGCCCUGCUAGUGUUUCUCAUCCGAACUGUUCGCCAGUACAUGCGAUACAUCAGGAAGCAGAUGGGGCCCUCUACCCCCUCGUCCUCUGCGCGAUCAAGUGCCCGCUUUUCAGUUGUCGUUCAUAAUUUCUUCGAGUUCAUUGACGAGAAGGAAGAAGCCAUCAAGAAGAUAUUUACUCAACGCGACGAUGUUCAACCUCAGACAAGUGGAUCAGGAAUUUGAAGGCACUCACAAAGAAUGUCCAAUCGCGGUUAAUGCAUCUAGAACUCUAGUUUCUGUUCUAUAGAUUGACAACAUUACUUCAUUAAUUACCAAAUGUAGUGUGUGUGUAUAGCAUGUUGAUAUCUUUUUGUGAAGAUGUAUGUAUAUGCAAUUCUCUCAGUCAAGGUUUGCAUCUUCGCUUGUAGUUCUGAUAGAUGUUUUUAUCAAUUGUAAAAAUGCUUUAGCGGGAAUUUGUUUCAUCAGGGAUGCAGUCCUCUAACGUAUGGUAGAGUGAAGACUGUUGGGAAAGUAAUGUGGGGAAAUUGUGUAGUGUGAUUGAAGGUUUGUAUAAAGGAAUCACUAUCAUUUUGUGAUAAUUAGAAUACAAAAUUUUUAUUAAUCA